UGGCGCCAGUUUGUCUCCUGCGCACCUGUUCAACAAGAGUUUAAAAAAAAACUAUUGUCAAUUACAGAUUAUUACGGUUUACAACAAUACAGUUAUCGAAAGAUCUUUAUCUUCAAAAUUUAAUUAUUAUUUGUACUUGAAUUGCACCACGACAAGCUUGCCGAAUGUUAUUCCCAGUUAAAAGCUCUCGAGCUUUGAGCCAUUGAUAGAACGUUAUUGGCUACUGUCAACAUGUUUUAAACAAGCGAAAUAAUUGAUAACGAAAUUAUCAGUUUGUUUUUAUGGAAUAUUUGAUAUGUUUUACAUUUAACUCAGCGUAAUUACUCUUAUUCGUUCUUUAUCCGUUGCAACAGUUAUUUAUAGUCUUUGUUUGAAAAAGUCUGGGAAAGUACCAAAUAUUUCUUUUACCUUACGUAUAAUAAUAAAUUAAAACAUAGUAAAGGAUUUAUAAAAUAAUUAAUUAACUAUAUAAUAUAAUUAUAUUAACUUUACCAUUUACUUAUGAAUAAUCUUUCCAAUUAAACAGCGUAUGUAUAUAUACUUAAAAUUUUCUUUUAAAUUAAACAACCAAUAAUAAAGGAACAUAUUAACAAUAUUUGUCUAAUUUAAUUUAAUAUCAAACGAUGUAACAAAGUUAUAGACUAAUUUUUGUAUUGUUAAAUAAUAAAAGAAUAACUACUCUUAUUAGUUAUACGUACAAAAUAUUUUCAGUAAAUACUGGACAUAUAAUGAUUCUACACACUUAUAUUCUACUGAUUCUUUGCAUACUGUGUGCAUCAGUAGAAAAGCAAUAUAUCGUAAUAAAAUCAGAAGAUAGUCGUGAAUUAUUCUGGACCCGAGAAGCAAAGUCAUCUAGAUAUUUACCAUCAUGGGAUAGUUUAGACAGCCGACCACUUCCAACUUGGUAUGACAAUGCAAAAUUUGGCAUUUUUAUUCAUUGGGGUGUCUUUAGUGUCCCUAGUUUUGGUUCAGAAUGGUUUUGGAAUAAUUGGAAAGAGGAAAAAGGUAGUACCAAAUAUCAUGAUUUUAUGAAACAAAGAUAUCCACCACAGUUUACGUAUCAGGAUUUUGCUCAUGAAUUUACUGCUGAAUUUUUCAAUGCCACCAAGUGGAGUGAAUUAUUUCAAGCUUCAGGUGCAAAGUACAUUGUAUUAACAAGUAAACAUCAUGAAGGAUACACACUAUGGCCUUCAAAAUAUUCCUUCAGCUGGAACUCCAUGGAUGUAGGACCACAAAAAGAUCUUAUAGGUGAAUUGGCAAUGGCAAUUAGAAGUUCAACUGAUUUGAGAUUUGGUCUCUAUCAUUCAUUGUAUGAAUGGUAUAAUCCUCUUUACUUGUUUGAUAAAGAAAAUAAUUUUACAACAGAGAUUUUUGUUAAGCAAAAAAUAAUUCCUGAAUUACACGAGUUAAUAAAUAAGUAUAAACCAGAAAUUAUAUGGUCAGAUGGUGAUUGGGAAGCAUCAGAUAAUUACUGGAAAUCAAAAGAAUUUUUAUCUUGGUUGUACAACGAAAGUCCAGUAAAGGAUACAAUUGUUGUUAAUGACAGAUGGGGUAGAGAUAUACCAUGUCAUCAUGGUGAUUUUUAUACAUGUACCGAUCGUUAUAAUCCCGGAAUACUACAACCGCAUAAAUGGGAAAAUUGUAUGACUAUCGAUAAAAAAUCAUGGGGAUUUCGUAGAAAUGCUGUUUUGUCAGAAUACUUCACUUUACCAGAAUUGGUAAAAGAGUUAGUAAUUACAGUAAGUUGUGGAGGAAAUUUAUUAAUGAAUGUUGGACCAACCAAGGAUGGUAUUAUUUCUCCAAUAUUUGAAGAAAGACUCCGUGGAAUGGGUGAUUGGCUAACAAUAAAUGGAGAAGCUAUUUACGAUACUAAACCUUGGAUAUGGCAAAAUGAUACUCUAACUGGGAGCGUUUGGUAUACACAAAGCAAAAACCAGAAACAAAUUUAUGUGCUAAUUCUUAGUUGGCCAGACAAUGGAAAAUUAUACUUAGGAUCGCUUAAAGUACCUAGUGACACACAGAUUUUCUUGCUUGGAUGUGCACAACCAAUUUUGUGGGUAAAUGAAGGUGAACAUGUUACUAUAGCCUUACCACCACAAUUCCAUAAAGGACAACCAGCUUGGGUAUUAAAAAUAAAACAGAAGUAAUAUAUAAUGUCUUAUACAUGUAUGAAAAAAAGUAAUGAUUUUUAAAA